AUCGAGAUAUGGGUACGGACCGUUAGUCGCCGGCCAGUCGUUGGCAAAAGCUCUCAACAUCAUGUGCUACUAUUUCCCCAAAAAUUGAUAAAGAAGAGGGAGAGUGAAAAACAUCUUGUGUUGGCAAACAACCCUUCCGCUGUCUCCACAGUCCACAGUGAAAAUUAUACCCCAGGAACAACCCCACCAGUCCUCCCCCAGAUGGACAUUGAAAUUCGCUAUAAAUAUGACAGUGACAUUUUGCUGAGCGGCAGGAAAAACUAGACGACAUUUUCACUCGGGUGUUCCAUUGAUGAUGAACGCGUACCUGUCAGCUAAUUGGACCUGGACACAAUUAUCCAGUCUCUGGAGAUGAGAGUUACGGUGGAACAAAAAUCCUGGGGGAAUACAAAGUGAUUUGGGGUGAAUACAGUGAAAUUACAAAAUUGUAUUUAAAAGGGUAAAUUAAGGUGAGGGAGAUUCCGAGGGAAAUUAAUUCGGUUUCGAUUACGAUUAUUUUGACUGUGACGAGAGUGUCUUGAGAAAAUAAGAAAAUGGAACGAAGGUGGAGGGGAAAUUAAUGGGGGAGUAAAUGUAAUCUGGUGAGACUCGCAAUUUUCCUAAGUGAUGCACCAAUCUCGUUAAUUUCUGGAAAAUAUUUUUACAUUACAGUGUGCGGUUUUCUGUCUGACAAUUUGGAAAUUCGGUUCAGUGAAAUUGAAGGGAAAAAUACUUGAUGGUGCGUGUGUCUGUGUGUAUUGUAAAUUUUAUUAUUUUAUUAUUUCAAGUCUCCGGAAAUGAAAUUGAGACAGGGAAAAGUGGAGGGAUAGACCGUACGGUGGAGUGAGUUAUAGUGAAUCCUGUUGCCACUGAUCCCUCGUUCUCUCGAACCCAUCGUGGGUGAAUCCUAGCAGGACAUGAGGAAUAAAUCGUGAGAGUGACGCAGCUGCAAUUGACGUGUCCAAGAUCUCCAAGAAGUGAUCAUAAAUUUUCAUGAAAAAAUCGGAAAAUUCGAGGAUAAAAAAAGCGCUAAAUUACUAGGAUCAAGAGGCUAUUAAUACUACCCUUAUUUGAUGUGGAAGAGAGCGAAAGAGAGCGAGAGAGGAGAGCAAAUGAGAGAAAUAUUUCGAAGAGACUUGGGCCAAUCAGCGAGGUGGAAUUACAGUGGUAAAGGGAAUAUCUCUCUUAGUUACUGUUAACGUGACUUUAAUCAGUUGACGGUGAUGCCCUCCUCAUCCCCUUAACCUCUCCCGGGCAAAUGAACACCCCGAAAUGAGAAUAAAUGAGAAAUAAACACCUGGAGGAAGCGACCAAAUGGUUUAUGGAAGUGAAUUAAAAGUCACUAAACCAACGAAAAAGGCGAAUAAUUUUUUUCCCAUUUUCAUCAACCGUUGACAUUGGGAAAAACACUAUAAGGGACUGGUAGCAUUGAUGAUGGCAUGUAAAGAGUAUUUUUAUUUUACAGAAGAGUACGGAAUUUUUCACUCUCUCGAUGUUAAAAUGAAGAGAAUGCCUGUUGCGUGACACAAUGUCACAAACAACAACAGAAACAAGAAAGACGGACAGGGAAGCCGUUACAACUUGUCUUUUUGACUUGUCACAUAAAUGAUGUCAAUGAGAUGAAUGAGAGAAAAGAAAAGUGAGUGAUACCAGUGGAAAAAUGAGGGAAACAUUAUUAUAAUAAAAAUGUUGGAAAGAGGAUGAUUUUGUUUUUUUAAUGGUUAAAUAUGUUGUUUCCCCUGAAUCGUGUGACCAUCGAUUUCUCGAUAGUAUCCGGCCGGUGAUUGCCGGAAGGCUGGAGAAGAGAGGUGAAUAAUCGAGUGGUGGUGGAGGGGGGCAAGAGGGGGCUUGAAGAGACGGCAGAAAUCGAAAAGUAACCGGAUGGCUCUGAUUUAACUCAUCCAUUAUCCAUCAGUUGAGGAUUUCGAAUAAAAUUGAAUAAAGGAAAAGUCAAAAGAACAAGAGCAUAAUUAUGAGGAAAUUAGCUCGAGUAUUGUGUAGAAAGUGCUGAUCCAUUCCAUCGGUGAGAAGUAAUUCUGAAGAAAGGAAUGAGGAAAUGUUGGAAAGGAGAGAGGAAAUUCGAGAAGGAAAAUCAUCCGAGGGCCAAGCGAUUUCUAUCCCAGGGCUAAUGGCACGUCUGAGAGGUGCGCCGUCACUUUGAAAAAUCUCCAGAAACCAGCAGUGGCCCCUUUUAGCCCCCCUCUGGGUGCUUUACCGAGGGCGAAGAAGGUUCCUCCCAUUGAAAGGCGCAAAGAAAAAGGAGUAGAAGGAUGUUUGGGUAUCGAGCAGUGAGCGCAACGACCUUGGUCAUCACAUCGCAAGUGUGAUUCAGUGGAAUUGGGGGUCACGGCAGUGAUCCUCGACCACGUUUCCGACUCAGAGGGCAAUAAAGGAUCAAUGAUGUGAAUUUUCUACGUUACCGACGUAUGGGAAUCUUCAUGUGACACUAGACUCACCCACGUACUCAUUAAUUAUCGAUUACGGUUUACAAUGAUUGUUGAUUGAGUGGAGCAAUAUCGAACACUGGAAAAAGUGUAGAUAGUCUCGAUCCUCUACGAAGAGAUAAAAUAAUCAUUAUCAAAUAAUCAAAGAUGGUUGAACGUUGGACACUUAUUUUACCCCUGCUGAAUGUAUUCGUAUGUCUUCAGAGUGGAAGGGUAACGUCGAAAACAACGUCAGAGAGAGAGGCCAUUCUCAUACCUGGUGAUAUAGUUCUUGGUGGACUUUUUCCGGUUCAUGAUAAGGGAGAAUUUACGUGUGGACCAAAAGUCUAUAACAGGGGUGUUCAGAGACUGGAGGCGAUGCUCUUUGCUGUUGAUCAGAUUAACGAGGAAAAUAAUAUACUCCCUGGUAUUUCACUGGGUGUUCAUAUACUUGAUACGUGUAGCAGAGACACUUAUGCACUGAAUCAGAGUCUGCACUUUGUCAGAGCCUCGUUAUCGAAUCUAGAUAUUAGUAUACUCGAGUGCUCUGAUGGCUCGACACCGAGGGUCAGGAAAACAGCCAGUGCUGGUCCUAUUUUUGGGGUCAUCGGGGGAUCCUACAGUUCUGUGUCACUCCAGGUUGCCAAUCUCCUGCGGCUAUUUCACAUUCCGCAAAUAUCACCGGCAUCAACAGCGAAAGCACUGAGUGAUAAAACAAGAUUUGACUACUUCGCCCGUACGGUACCACCAGACACUUUUCAGUCAAUAGCACUUGUGGAUGUCGUUAAGAGUGCUAACUGGUCUUACGUAUCGACGGUUUACUCCGAGGGAUCCUAUGGUGAAUAUGGUAUCGAGGUAUUCACACGUGAAGCGACCGAGAGAAACGUCUGCAUAGCCGCGGCGGAGAAAGUGCCGAGUUCGGCAGAUGACAAAAUAUUUGAUGCAAUUAUUCAGAAGCUCUCGAAAAAACCAAAUGCAAGAGCUGUUGUCCUCUUCACACGAGCCGAGGACGCCAGAAGAAUUUUAGAAGCAGCGAGAAGAUCCAAUUUGAGUCAACCUUUCCAAUGGAUAGCUUCAGACGGUUGGGGCCGUCAAAAUAAAUUAGUUGAAGGAAUUGAAGACGAAGCGGAGGGAGCAAUUACCGUAGAACUUCAAUCGAAAAACAUUCCCGGUUUCGACGAAUACAUGGCUGAGUUGACCCCAGAGAACAAUCGCCGGAAUCCUUGGUUCGAAGAAUACUGGGAAGAGGUAUUCAGUUGUGUACUCAGAAAAAAUGUACCACUGGACACCAAGAAAAGUAUCAAUAUUUGCUCAUCAAAAUUAAGCCUGACACCUGCUAAUGGCUAUGAACAGGAGUCAAAAGUACAAUUUGUUGUUGAUGCGGUUUAUGCUUUUGCCAUUGCCCUGCACAAUCUGCAACGAGAUCUGUGCGGAAAGAGUAAAGCUCUUUGCCAGGCCAUGAUCGAUUAUGACAAGGGUUUAUUCUACAAGAAGUACCUACUCAACGUGUCGUUUGCAGAUUCUGCUGGAAGCGAGGUAAAGUUUGACGAGCAUGGUGACGGUCUUGCCAGGUACGAGAUUCUCAACUUUAGAAAGGCCAAUCAGAGUGGAACAAAUGGAUAUUAUUACCGGGUAGUCGGUAAAUGGUACAACCGAUUGGACUUUCACACCGACGAACUAGUCUGGGCGAAAGGAACGGAGACUAUGCCCAUAUCCGCCUGCUCGUUACCCUGCGAAUCCGGUAUGAUUCGUAAGCAACAGGGAGACACUUGUUGCUGGGUGUGCGAUCAGUGCGAGGAGUACGAGUACGUGUACAACGAGACAACCUGCAAAGACUGUGGUUAUGGCUACUGGCCUCAUCCAGACAAACGUGCUUGUUACUCAUUACCAAUUAAACACAUCAACUGGACAUCGGCCUUCGCAAUAGCUCCAGCUGUUAUAUCGUGUCUGGGAAUAGUCGCUACACUGGCUGUUGCUGGGCUCAUGUUCAGUCAUCGAGAUACACCUGUUGUCAGAGCAUCUGGAAGGGAGCUCACCAUUAUUUUACUCGCCGGAGUCCUAGUCUGUUAUCUCAAUACAUUUCUUCUCCUCGCACAACCGACGACUGUUUCAUGCAUUUUGCAGAGGUUUGGCGUUGGUGUAAGCUUUAGUGCAGUUUAUGGAGCUCUGUUGACCAAAACAAAUAGAAUCGCAAGAAUCUUCGAUUCAGCCUCAAGAUCAGCGGUUCGACCACGCUACAUAAGUCCCACAUCACAAGUCUGCAUAGCAGCAGCACUGAUUGCCUUUCAAGUGGUUCUAACUCUCGUCUGGAUGAUAGUGCAACCACCAGGGACUCGUCAUUUCUAUCCAGAUCGUCGUCAAGUAAUCCUAAAGUGCAACAUUCAGGACAUGAGUUUUUUAUUUUCUCAAUUAUACAAUGCUUUUCUCAUCGUUGUGUCGACCAUUUAUGCAGUAAAAACCCGGAAAAUUCCGGAGAACUUCAACGAGAGCAAAUUCAUCGGCUUCACAAUGUACACAACGUGCAUAAUAUGGCUAGCAUUCGUUCCAAUUUAUUUUGGAACUGGUAAUGCACACGAAAUACAGAUCACGACGCUGUGCGUUGCGAUAAGUCUAAGUGCAUCAGUGACACUUGUGUGUUUAUAUUCACCAAAGGUUUAUAUUAUUGUCUUUCAACCUGAGAAAAAUAUCAGAGGAAAAGUCACCAUGAGUGGCAGUACCUUUAAAAAGCAGGACAGCAGUGGUGGAGCUUCAUCGGUUGCAAAGUAUGGUGGUCGUGAGAUGAGCAGCGAGCAUGUACCAUUGAGUCGAGCUCUCAGAGCUGUUGUACAAACGUCUGCUGGUGUCACCGAAAUUUCAAUAGCAUCAAACACAUCAAAUCAGACGAAUGACGAGAUGAAUGACGAUGUUGCGGCUGUCUAGAGCAAUUCGAGGGAGGAAAUUAAUCAUCUCAACGACAAGACGUAACCGUAUUUCCUAGUGGAUUUAUAAGUGAUACACGGCGGCACAAGCUCUCAAACCAAAGAGCGUUAAAAGAUGAAAAAUAUCUAGUUAAGAUAGUAAAUGAAGAACUAGAAAAUGUGAUUCAACAAUUUUGGAAUAUUGACAGAAAACGAGUGGGAAAAAAACAGCAUAAAAAUUCUAAAAAAGUGGAUUGUCGAUGUGCUAGAAAAAUAAGAUAAUUUUCAUGAAGGGUGGUAUUAUUAGAGACUGUAAAAAACGGCUUGUACCCAACUCCUCCCUCCCUCUCUCCCUCCCCUUCCCUGAUGUGUCUAUAGACUUCGUUCAUCACGUUUUUGCCCAUUCACGAUCCACUCAUUCGUCAUUGUUGUCGUUGCUUGAUUGUUACCGUUGAUCAUUGUAACACGUCGUCAUUCUAAGUAAUGAAAAAAAAGAAAUAACACAUUUGAUGAUAAACAGAAAUAUACAUAUACAAAUGGAAAAUACAUAGACUGCACUCGCACACGAUUUAAAACGUUUUAAAAUUUCUCACGUGACUGUUCGUAAUGUCGAUGAAAAUUUAUGAUAAAAUUGGAGAAAUUAUGAUCAUAAUCACAAUGGAGUUGAUCGAUUCGUAUGGGCCUAUUUGUAUAGUUUUCAUUAUUUUUAUUUCCCGGGGGAAGAACAAAUUUUUAAGAAAUAUUUUCAAAAAAAAAAUGCUCGGAUUUUUGUGAAGAUGUAUCGACUAUGAUUUGGCUGUGAAAUUCAGGUCUGCAGCAGCGUACGCUGAUUAUUAUCAAAGGCUUGUAAAUUAAUUAUUAAAACAACUGGGAAUCAUUGGUGUGAUAAACAGCUUCGAUUGUGGAAGGAUUAUGGCUGGAAUAUUGGCAAGAAAAAAUAUUUUACCUAAAGAGACAACAAAAAACUGGGUUUGUAAAGUGAUGGGCGAUUGGUUGGCAAAUGGAAAUGAUGGGUGAUACCCCUCACUAUAUUUUUAUGAUUUUUAAUGAUAACUUUUUUCAUUCCGUUUUCAACCAAUCAAAUGGUGGCAUUUCCCGUCACGUGGUACAAGUAAAAGGGUUUUACUUCGGAUAUUUCCGUUUGUUGCUAAGCAAUGAAAAUAUCCGAUAAACAAUUUGUACGCGUUUCAAACUCCAAAACUCAUUAGAAAAAAUCAACUUCAAGGACUGUACUUCGACAUGAGCAGAAGAUUUGGAGGAGAAUCUUUGGACAUUAUCCCAGGUGAGGGUUUCCAAGCUUGGACGAUAGGCUCAAACUUGGUCCAACCUCGGUUACCAAGCCGCGGGAUUCCUAGUUUUGACCACGGUUGAACCUGUGGUAAUUCCUAGGUAAAACCAAGUUUGGCGAUUCCCUGUGAAUUAAAGCUUGGCUACCAAGGCAAUUCCUAUCUUGAUCCAAGCUUGAGUCUCCGAGCUUGAAUUGAUAAGUUUGAACAAAGCUCGGGCCAAUAUACUGUAGAAAAAAUUAAAUAGUUUAUAUUAUAUAAAGAUAUAAAUCCUUAUUUUUUAUAAAUAACUAUAUUAUUUAUUUAUUUUAUUUUCUUUAAUUUUUUGCAUGUUCGAGAAUUUCUAACUGGUUAUCGUCGGAGGGCUUUGAGCCAAAACUGGAAAACUGUUAACAAAAUUCGUGGAAAAAAAAUUAAGUUGAUCGUGAUGGUCAAAGAAAAAAAAUUAAGUCAGAAUUUAAAUUGGAAGAAUUAUCAACUUUUGACAGUUUUGUUUGGCUAUACUAAUGCUUGGGUUGGGGAGAGCGAGCUGAACAUAUUUUUUUUCAACUCAAACUUGGAAGUCGAGCUUGGGUGAAGGCUGAUGACCAAAUUAGGCUGAAGCUUGAUCUCAAAUUGGGUGACGCUUGGAUCAAGGUUGGUCCAAGUCUGGACGCCUAACUUGAUUCAAGCUUGGACCAAACUUGGGAUCCAAGCUCGGACGGGCGUUACAAACCAAGGGCUAACCAAGAUUGAACCAACCUAGCCUAGUCUCGGUCCAAGCUUGGACCAAUGGUGAAUUCCCACCUGGGAUUGAUCAAAAAAUUUUAAAAAAUCCUAAUAAUACGGUGAAGACAAAAGCCAUAAUUUGAGAACAAUUCUCUGCAUUUUGUGCAGACAGAAAAUAUGUAUACGCUGGAAGGCACAACUACCCGUGAAAAACCAUACCACAUGACGUGAAUGCCACACAUUUAAUUGCUUGAAAUUGGAAUAAAAAAAGUAAUCCAGCCAAAUAGCCCUCGACCUUCAAAAUUAAUCGGAUAUUUCCCUCCAGUUUCCCUCCAUAGUACUCAUCGGCAUAAGUUUCGCAGAAAAACCUUGGCGCUUUGCGCUCGAGAUUUUUACCCUGCGAAACUUAUCCCUUUCGUUGCUAUGCAACGCAACUCUCGGGAAAUAUCUGAUAAUUUUGAAGGUCUUGGGGUAUUACUACUGAGUAUAUUGAUAUAUUUUGUCAAUAUCAAAGUCCUAAUUUGUUACAAAUUAUUCAAAAAUGCUAGGAAACACCGAAAAUUUUUUUUUUUCAAUGCCAUAUCAGGUGAUUUAUGUUAGAUUUCAUCGAAACUCCCUCCUCUCUUGUCUUCUAUCGGAUUCUCCCUCUUCAUCUGGCCCGUUCAGCUCAUUUGGCUCACUCAGUGAGAAAUGGCUGAUGGAGCCUAUCAGCCGCAAUUUCGCAUCUCUCUUCAUGAUCACCAAUCGGUUUUUCCGGGUACUUGUUGAUGAAUAGUGAAACUGCAAAAUAUAACGAUAUGUCGAUUGAAAGAUUUUUUUUCUCUCUCUUCUGGGCUGAAACACAAACUAAACGCCAAUAGCACGUCAGAUAUUUCAUCCGAAAGCAGAAUACGAAAUUUAAAAAAUACAGCGAAUAGACGUUUAAACAUUUCCCUCGGACCACUGGGCCAUUGUUAAAAAAGAUAUUAUUUUUAAAACACGAGUUAUUGUUCUACAACGUUGUUCAGAAUUAUUCGGCAUCAUUAUUCCCCAGGUGGAAAUUCACCAUUGGUCCAAGCUUGGACCAAGCUAGGUUGGUAGGCUAGGUUGGUUCGAUCUUGGUUUCCAAGCUUGGAACAAUCUUGGCUAACCCUUGGUUUGUAACGCCCGUCCAAGCUUGGAUCCCAAGUUUGAUCCAAGCUUGAAUCAAGUUCGGCGUCCAGACUUGGACCAACCUUGAUCCAAGCGUCACCCAAUUUGAGAUCAAGCUUCAGCCUAAUUUGGUCAUCAGCCUUCACCCAAGCUCGACUUCCAGGUUUGACUUGAAAAAAAAUAUGUUCAGCUCGCUCCCCCCAACCCAAGCAUUAGUAUAGCCGAACAAAACCAAUUUAAAUUCUUACUUAGUUUUUUUUCUUUGACCAUCACGAUCAACUUUAUUUUUUUUCCACGAAUUUUGUUAACAGUUUUCCGGUUCUGGCUCAAAGCCCUCCGACGAUAACCAGUUAGAAAUUCUCGAACUUGCAAAAAAUUAAAGAAAAUGAAAUAAAUAAAUAAUAUAUUUAUUUAUAAAAAAUAUGGAUUCAUAUCUUUAUAUAAUAUAAACUAUUGAAUUUUUUCUACAAUAUAUUGGCCCGAGCUUGGUUCAAACUUAUCAAUUCAAGCUCGGAGACUCAAGCUUGGAUCAAGAUAGGAAUUGCCUUGGUAGCCAAGCUUUAAGGGGUUAUUCUCAUGUGAACGCCUAUAUUUUACCACUUUUUCGGAAUUUUUUUUUUAUGCGACAACAAACUUCAAUCAUGUUGAUUUUUCAAUAUAUUUUUAUUUGUAUUUUGAAAUAUACGAAAAAAAUUUUUUUUUCCGUUUUUUACAUUUUUAACAUAUAUUUUUUUUAAGUCAAAGUAGUCCCCAACAAAAAAAGGUAUUUCACUGGUCAAGGUGAUAGCGGCUGUUCAUGUUGUCUGACAUAAAAAAAUCGAAUGGAUUAUUAUUCAGUAGAUCUGUGGCUAUCGUCCCUACCAAAUAUAAUCAAUUUCAUUAAAAACAAAAAAAAAUAUCGAACUUCAAAAAAAAAAUCACGAAAAUCUCCUUCUUUUUCGUUACAAAUCGUUUAAAAAAAAUAUGAAGAUAUUGUCGAAAAUAAACAAUUGUGGUAGGGACGAUAACUAUAAAUGAGUAGAAGAACAUAUGUAAAUUUUAAAGCAAUCGGUUGAAUACUUUUUCUAGUAGGAUCUUGACCGUUUCAGAAAAUGAUGAUUCGAGAAAAACGCGUUUAAAGUUUAAAGCCUGGUACACAAUCGCUUACGACACGUCGGCGACUAUGAGCUGUAACUUAUCAAAUACUAUGAAUUUCGGUCUGAAUUUUUCACAGCAUGUUUUCAAUAGGUUUUACUGUCAAAAUAUCAAAAAAUAAAAAAAUCGAUUUUUUGAAGUGCUCACAUGAGAAUAACCCCUUAAUUCACAGGGAAUCGCCAAACUUGGUUUUACCUAAGAAUUGCCACAGGUUCAACCCUGGUCAAAACUAGGAUUCCCGAGGCUUGGUAACCGAGGUUGGGCCAAGCUUGAGCCUAUUGUCCAAGCUUGGACAUCCUCACCUGGGUCACAUUUACCAUCAUUAAAAACGGUUCAUUAACCUGUUGAAUGAAUUCAUCAAUUAAUGAAAUUUUAAUUAAUGAAAUAGUAGAUUUUUUGAUUCUCUUUUCAUUUGAGUGACUCUCAUUUUUUUGGAUUUCAUUUUAAUUUUCAUAAUUGAUACUUCCAUGAGUCUCCAUGAUGGUCGUCAACUAUUAAUUAAUUCAUUAAGUACCGUAAUUGAUUGGACAAAUGUGCAUCUAUUGACUACUAAAUUUAUUUUUCUCCCCAAUGAUGAUCCCUCUGAUCUCCCUAUUAUUUCCCAAUGAGGUACGCUCUGUCAAUCCGAGCAGGUUUCGCAUUCAACGCACCCGACCAUCGCCCGAUUGUGCCCUCAUCGGGGUUCCCCCUCUGGAGAGACCCUGAUUUCGCUAUCAUCAUUUCCCGACCCAAUAGUUUUUGUGUCAAAUGGGGUUGAUCUGAUGAUCUGCCGGGCGAGUCCUCAUCGGGUUCUCCCCCAUGAGUUAGGGCCCGACCUGGGCCGGGAUAACCCGACGGAAAUUCUAUUCGAGAUAAGGGUCAAAGUUGAAAGGGGGUGGAAUGAUUAUGCCGAGUAGAAUUGCCUGAUGGGAACCCGAUGAAGACCUGACCGGGAGAUCAUUAUGAUUUUUAAAUUUCCAGGAUAUACAGUUUGUAAUAGUAAUUCUGAGUCUAUGAGUCAGGAGAAACAAUAGAGAAAAAAUAAAAUUGUAACGUGAAGAACUUCGACUACAAAAUUUUCAAACGAAAUCGUUUUGGAAUAAAUAUCUGCGGGUAAUUCAAUUGACAGUAAAAUUGAAUCAAAUUAGGUCAAACAAAUAUCGAGAUGAAAUGUAGCCCGGUGGGUUCUGCCUAAGAAGGAGAAGAAAUAACAAGAAGAAAAGUGAAAAAUGUGCUCCUCAAUUGUCACUACGAAAUUAUAAUGCACAGAAAAAAUAAUUGUAAAAUACAAGAUUUAAUACAUAAUUUAGGCGAUUUUUGAAUAGGUUAAUUGCGUAUCAAAAAAUCGUAAAUUGGAAGUUUGAAAACGUGAAUUACGACUGCGACAAGGUAAAUUACGAUUUGAAACUCGCAAAUUACCAUUUCCAAAAACGUCAAUUACGAAAUCUGACGUUGUAAAUGACGUGGUUUUGGAACCGAAAAUAUACGGUCCAACCUCUUGAUUUACGCUCCUUUCCUCAUCAUUUACAACAUCUGAAUAACGUAAAAUCCUUGAUUGAUGAAAUCGUAAACGUAAUCGAAAAGAAAAUAACUUUAUUUGCCAAUAUGAAAUCUGUACGUUUCAAAUGAUUGUCAAUCAUCUGCGUUUCAAUUUUUGCAGACAUUUUUUCAAAAAAUUAUCGCUGAUAUUCGAGGUAGGCUAUACAAAAUAUCAACAAAUGGUGCAAUUCUAUUGGCUGAAAUUUGGGUGGGAAAAAUAAUCCCCCGAAUACCACUCGAACUUCGAAAUUAUCUGAUAUUUCCCUCAAGGUUCCCUACAAACAAAUAAGCU